AUGGAAAUACCUCUUGGGUCUCUUGGAGAGUUUCUUGAUUUAUCUUUUACCACAACAAAAACACGUGCACAAACUGCAAAAACAGAGCCUUUUUCAAACUCUUAUCGCCAGGCACACGGAAGGCAGUAUUCAGGAGCAGCAACUACCCCAACAGCCAAGCCAAGCGCAAAGCAGUAUUUCUCUACAAAUAGCCGGUCAUUCCACAAUAUAAAAGCAGAUAACUCUAAUGAGGGCUACUGUUUCACAAAUUCAAUUAAGCUUGCUCAUGAAAGAGUUAGGCUGCAAUCUCAGCAGCAGCCUCGUCCUAUGACUCGGGGUGUUACGCUCAAAGCUCGACCCAAAACGACAGAGUCUAAAAAUUCAAAAAAAACUACAGUUACAAAAAAAGUAGAAGAAGACGCUACCAAGCCUUUAGAAGAGCUAGAAAACAACGUUAGAAGUGAAUUACAGUAAAAUUCAUAUAGAAUGCGGGCUAAUCAUUUUUUGAUUAGGACGAUGAAAAGAGAACAAGCGCUUAUAAACCAGGCAGGCGUCGUUAAACAGUCUACAUCUGAUAACUUGUUUUAUGAACUUGCAGGGCAUGUGAUGAAUAUUCAUAAAGAAGAAACAAGGGCAAAAACCCCAGAUAAUAAUCAUUAUAAGCCGACUUUAAAUAAUCUGAGCUUUGAAUCUGCCCAACAAAAGCUUGCACAGAGCUCUAUUGAUUUUUGACUGAAAAAGAGAGGGAUUGGGAAAGAGACGAAAUAUGAUUUAAACCAUUUUUCUACAGCUCUUUUUGAGCAGCUUGAUAUAAAUGGAGUCGGGUAUUUAGAAGGAGAAGCCGUUUUACAGUCUUUAUUAAGACUAGGAAUUGCUACUGAUCCUACCAUACUGAGAAAAACGCUUGGGCUUAGUUUCCGCACGAAUUCUUUAAAAACGCUAAAAAUCCAUCUGCAUGAUUUUAAAACACUUUUUAAGUCAGACGGGAGAACUAAUUCUAUAUUGACAAGAAUGAAUGAGCUUUCCCUUGAAGAAAGAGAAAAUAAAUCAAGAAGAACCUCAAAAACUGAAAGGAAUUCUGACUAUGAAGACGAUAGCUCAAUAAUAAGCAGCAAAGGAAAUAAAAAAGAAAGCUGAUUUAAGCUGUUUAAAAUUGGAUUUGGAAGGCAGCUCACUGGCAGUGAUUUUGGGAAGAAAAAAUUAGACUCUAUUGUCACCAUAAACGAGCACGAAGAUUUAAUUAAAAAAUGAUGAAAAGAAAUAGACCCUAAUGAGAAAAACCAGGUCACCAUAAAUGAAGUUGCAUUAAAAUUAGCUGAGCUAAAAUUCGCACCUAAUCGGAAUGAGUCUAAAAGGAUAAUUUAUGGAAUAAUCGGUAUAAAAUCACAUGUGAGCAACACUCAAUUUCAUCAAAUUUUCGCAAAAAGUAUGCUGAUAGGUUCUUUAUUAAAUUUAUCAAAUAGGCUAUUUGAAGAAAAUUCAAACCCUUCUACCGCAAAUUCUCUUAAAAUUUCUUCAUAUCAGAGAUCAUUAAUAAUGUCUGGGAUAAGAUGCCCGAAUUCUGAUAUUUCAAUUGAAGAAGGCUCCAACACCAUAAAAGCAGUCGAAAAAUAUCAAAUUCAAGCAGAAGGACAAAUUAUUAAAGUUGACCCUGAUGAGCUCCGUUCCAAAAUGCUAAAACUCGCUGGAAUUUCAGAAAUUGAAGCAAAUCAGCGUUCUUCUUCAAUGAAACAUUACAGAAAAUUAUCUGGUGAAAUAAAAGGAAUUUCUGAAAAUUUUUUCCAUCAAAAAUCAAGCACUUUGCAAUCUCCUAAGGAUCCCCCCCCCUUCAUUUGUCCAAUUUUCUAGUUUUUUUUUUUCUAAACUCCCCCCCCCCUUUAAAUUGGAACAAAAUAUAGGUAAAAUUUCCACUUUUUUGCUAAAUUAACCCCCCUUUAAAUUGGAACAAAAUUUAAUUUUAUAAUAAAAAAUUAUAUAUAAUUUUUAUCUAAAAAGUUUUGAUAUAAGUUAAAUGUUUUUUCUUAACUAAAAUUAAAUAUUUAGUUAUAUCUUGCUCUUUUUUAAAGAAAAAAGUAUAAAAGAACAUCUUAUUUAAAUAAAAAUAUUAUCCUUAAUUGCUAAAUUUUAAAAAAAAAUUAAUUUUUUGUUUUUAAAAAUUUUCAAAAAAAAAUUUUUUUUUUUUUUUUUUUGAUAAAAAUGAUAUUUUUUAUUUGGAUAGUUUUGAUAUAAAUUCAAUAGGAAUUCUUUAUAAAAUUUCAAAAUUUACUUAUUUCUUGCUUUAUUUUAAAGAAUAGAGUAUAAAUAAUAUCUUAUUUAAAAACAAAAUUAGCACUUUGAUCGAUAAAUUUUCUAAAAUUUUUUUUUUUUUAAUUUUUUUUAUGAAUAAAAAUAAUAAUUUUUGUGUAAAUAAUUUUGAUACCAAUUAAUAGUGGCGUAUUAACUAAUAAUGAAAAUUUAGUUAUAUCUUGCUUUGUUUUAAAGGAUAAAGAGUAAAUAGCAUUUUAUUAAACAAAUUUAUAGAUCUAAUUCGAUAAGUUUUUGAAAUUUUUUUUGUUGAAAUUUUUAUAUUUUUUAUAAAAAAUUUUAUAUUGAUAUUUUUUUUAAAAAAAAAAAAUUAACCCCCCUUUAAAUUGGAACAAAAUUUUUAGCUCCAAUUUAAAGGGGGGGGGAGUAAGAAAAAAAAAAAUUUUCAGGACCUCAUUUGUCCCAAAAUCUAGUCAAAAAUGAUUUGUCCAAUUUUCUAGUCAUUUUUGGAUUUUUCGAGUGUCCUAAAUUUUGUGUUUUACUGUAAAAAAACUAGAAAAUGAGACAAUUUGGUCCUGAAAAAUUUUUUUUUUCUAUCAAAAUUUUGACUAGAAAAUUGGACAAAUGAGGUCCUAAAAAAUUUUUUUUUCCUAUAAAAAACACCUAGAAAAAUGGACAAAUGAUAAAAGACUAGAAAAUUGAACAAAUGAGGGGGGGAUCCUUAUAAAAAUUGAAAAUUCUCAAUCAAUAAUUGAAGAGCCUAAAGAUAUAUAGGGGUUUCCCCUAGAUGGCCCUUACAGGGCUGUUGAUUCUGUCCGGAAUCCUUUGGUUGGUCGGACCAACUCACUUGAUGGUUCGACAAACAAAAGGAUUCCGAACAGAAUCCACAGCCCUUUAAGGGCCAUCUAGGGGAAACCCCUAUACAAGAAAUUUCAGAUGAGGAGUUAAGGACUGAUAAAGAAUCUGAAGAAGGAAUUUUUACUCACAAGUCCUCAAUGAGGAGGUCUAGCGCAAUGUCAAGCAAAAGGUCUAACCAUUCGCGUCAAGAAGUGGAAAUAAGGAUUGGAAAAGAAGACCAUAUUGAAAUGGAAACCACAACGGAAAAGGCAAAAUUUUAUAAAUCGCAUAUAAAACCAAAACAAAUUGUGGAGGCUAAUAUAACACCUAGCAAUCAUGGGUCAAGAUUGUCUAAAGUUUUUGAUAAAAUACGUUGGGGUGCUAAAGUAUAUAGAAGAUUUUCUAGUAGAUUGCCUCCUUCUGAAGAGCCAGCAGUUUCUAAAAGCAUUUCUCCUAUAUUAAAAGAUAUUAAAGAGACGAGAAGGGAAAAAAGGUCACAGAGCUUUACAAAGACUGAGGCUGGUAUGGUCGGCAUAACGUAUAAUUUUGCAAGUUUAAUAAGUAAAAUUGCUUCACAACCGAAACAAGAGAUAAAAGAGACAGAAAUUCUGAGACCAGUAGAGAAAGAUGAAGAGAUAAAGGAAAAACCAAAAGAAAGUGCAAGUGAAAUUCAUUGGAAGGAUAGCUCUUUUCUGAUAGUUGAAGAGGCUCCGAAAGAAAAAAGACUAUUUCUACCAAGCAGAGAAGAGUAUUUUAGGAGGCUUAAGGCAAAAGAAGAUUCGAAAAAAAGAUCUGAGGCUCAGUCUGAUCUUUUGAAAAAUUAUCAAAACAUGGUAUUUCAUGUUCCUGAAAAUAAAAAUUUUGUAAAUUAA